UGUCUCGUGCGGCAGACCGCUCUCUCUCUCCCAGCCCCUGUUCCUGCGCUUACCCCCCUCUCCAUCUCUCCUCACUCUGGAUUGAAGUUGCGGAGCAGCCGGGAGCGGACAGUAUUUCUGUUUCUACAAGCAGUCUUCUCUUCCCGCAACCUGUAUGGUGGAUAUAAUAUUCAGCUCUUCUUUUUUGGAUGAUAUGGGGGAUCAUUCCAAAAAGAAGUCCGGACUUGCGAUGUGUGUAGGCUGCGGCAGUCAGAUCCAUGACCAGUAUAUUCUGCGGGUCUCCCCCGACCUGGAGUGGCACGCAGCCUGUUUGAAAUGUGUGGAGUGCAACCAAAACCUGGACGAGACGUGCACUUGUUUCGUACGGGACGGGAAAACGUACUGCAAGAGAGAUUAUGUAAGAUUGUUCGGUAUAAAAUGCGCAAAAUGCACUUUGGGCUUUAGCAGCAGUGAUUUGGUCAUGAGAGCUCGGGACAGUGUGUAUCACAUCGAAUGUUUCCGCUGCUCGGUGUGUAGCCGGCAGCUUUUGCCCGGGGAUGAGUUCUCCCUCCGGGACGAGGAACUGUUGUGUCGAGCAGAUCACGGUCUGGCCCUGGAGCGCGGAUCAGGCAGCAGUCCUCUCAGUCCGGGAAACAUCCGCAGCAGAGGAUUACAUAUGGCAGCUAAUCCCGUGUCGGUCCGGCAAACUCCUCAUCGGAACAUGCACAAGCAAUCGGAGAAGACCACUCGGGUGAGGACGGUGUUAAACGAAAAGCAGCUACACACUUUACGGACGUGCUACAACGCAAACCCGAGACCAGAUGCUCUAAUGAAGGAGCAGCUGGUGGAGAUGACAGGUCUGAGCCCACGGGUCAUCCGAGUCUGGUUCCAAAACAAGCGCUGCAAGGACAAGAAAAGAUCUAUACUCAUUAAACAGUUACAACAACAGCAACAUGGCGAUAAGACGAAUCUGCAGGGUAUGACGGGCACUGCGCUGGUCGCAGGCAGCCCAGUUCGACACAACCCUUCAGUGCCAGGACACCCGGUGGAACUGCAGACUUACCAGCCACCCUGGAAAGCUCUCAGCGAAUUUGCACUUCUGAGUGACUUAGAUCAACCUGCUUUCCAACAGCUGGUCUCUUUCUCGGAAUCCGGUUCUUUAGGAAACUCAUCGGGCAGCGACGUGACCUCUCUUUCUUCACAGUUACCGGACACACCGAACAGCAUGGUACCGAGCCCGGUGGAGACGUGAGAGCGACUAGCGCGUCAGUUGCCCGGGAAAUUAUGUCAGCUCAAAUCAAGUCAGCUCGGGAAAUUCCACUAGCAUCAUCGGACUACCAUCAGAAUUACAGCAAAAACCUGCACUGGGACCAGAGGAACGUCAGCAAGUCCGUGGUGAUACUGGAAGUGAAAUUCUGCGUAGGUUACCAACACUAAAUGAGGGACCAUGUUCACUCGAAAUGGAUAUUUGUUACUCGUUAUGACUGUUGUAUCUGUGGUUUUUGGACAUUUUUUGGAAAAAUCUUUUCAAAAGACUCGAUUUCAGAAGAUGGGAUUUUUUCGUUGUGAAGUUUAUUGGCAGACCAUUUGUGUCUCUGAAAAAAAUUAAGUUAUUGUUAUUUAUUGUCACAUCAGUUCGCAAAAAAAAAAUAAAAAUAAAUGAAUACAAAAAAUAGCACAGACAUUUAUGUUUGUGAAUGUAAAAUGCGUGAAUAGGCUAGUCUUAUGAAAAUGUUUAAUUUGUAGGCCUACAGAAAAAUGCGGAGAGGUGUAGUAUUAGCUAAUUAAUAUUAUUAUAGGAUAGUAGUAGCUAGCAGAUAGUAGUAAGCCACUUACAAUUAUAUUAUACCAUAAUUAUUACAAAAUAAUAAUAAUAAUUAGGAGAAAACAUAUGACUUGUUAGGGCCCGAGCACCUUUUGCUCCGUUUAUUAUUAUUAUUACUGAUUACUUUAUAUCAGUAAUAAUAUAUAGGCUACCGUCAUUUCCUUCAGCGGAAAAAUGCAUAAAUGGCUAC